AUGGUGCUAUGGGAGCUGACGCUGGCGACGGCGUAUUUUCUCGGGCUCAAGCGCACGUACCGCCUGGCGCUCCGACUGCAGAAGAGGGUCCUCCUUUCGCGACCCGGGAUUCGCGAUUUCGCGAAAAGGCGCACGCGAGCAGUGUUCCGAGUGGCGCUGACAGCCGUCGAAACCAUCCAGCACCGGGACAUCGAGAUUGGUCGCUCCGUGGGAAACUUCCUCCUCCGCUUCCUCGACCGCAUGAAGCCCUCGGCGCACAUCCGGGGAGAUGGUCCCAUGCCAGGAGGGGCAGGAGGAGGAGGGGGGUUUCAUUCAAGCCAUGGGGCAGCCGUGCCGGGAGGUUCAGCAGGGGCCACUGGGGCCAUUUAUCACUUCAUAUUCGUCAAGCCCCUUCACCCGUCUUACCAGCUGCACUGCAUUCCCGAGCCGCCAUGCCUCACUAUGUACACUCUCCCUUAUUUCUAA